AUGACCAUCAACCAAUCCAGGCAAUAGUAUUCUACAAAGUACUAGUAAUCUGUGAUCAAAGUUCUCGAAUUCAUGGAGUGGAAAGUCUUAAAAAAUGCCAAAUAAAUCAAAAAAAGAUAAGGUUCCAGAAAAAGUGAAAUCAGCUGGAAAAAAUGGUGAUGGUAAAGAAAAUGCUGAAAAUUCAGAAGAGAUGACAAACUCAAGUAAUGAACAAAACAACAAAAUGCCAAAUAAUACUCCUCCUCCCACACAACUUACCAAGAUCAAGUGUGCUGGACCUACGCUAAUUAAAAAAGAUAAACGACAAACAUCAUCAAGGUUUAACACCUCAAAAAACAGAGAAUUGCAGAAACUUCCUUUAAUAAAGGAUGCAUCUCCGACAGAGCGAGAGGAACUGUUUGGCCAGAAAAUUUUGCAGUGCUGCGUUCUAUUUGACUUUUUGACAGACCCUUUAAGUGACCUCAAAUGGAAGGAAGUUAAAAGAGCUGCCCUUCAUGAAAUGGUCGAGUACAUCACAACUCAGAGGAAUGUUAUAACAGAACCCAUUUAUCCUGAAGUGGUCCAAAUGUUCUCUGUAAAUGUGUUUAGAACUUUGCCUCCAUCUUCAAAUCCUAAUGGUGCAGAGUUCGAUCCUGAAGAGGAUGAACCAACACUAGAAGCAGCAUGGCCACACUUACAGCUUGUCUAUGAAUUCUUUUUGAGGUUUCUGGAAUCUCCAGACUUUCAACCAAACAUUGCUAAACGGUAUAUAGACCAGAACUUUGUUUUACAGUUGUUAGAGCUGUUUGAUAGUGAAGAUCCCAGGGAGAGAGAUUUCCUGAAGACAACCUUACAUAGGAUAUAUGGAAAGUUUCUGGGUCUUAGAGCAUACAUUAGGAAACAGAUUAACAAUAUUUUUUAUAGAUUCAUUUAUGAAACAGAACAUCACAAUGGAAUUGCAGAGUUGUUAGAAAUUUUAGGAAGUAUCAUCAAUGGGUUUGCUUUACCACUAAAAGAAGAACAUAAAGUGUUUCUGUUAAAAGUGCUAAUGCCUCUUCACAAAGUGAAAUCUCUUGGUGUGUAUCAUCCUCAGUUAGCGUAUUGUGUUGUGCAAUUCCUGGAGAAAGAUGCAAAUCUUACAGAGCCAGUAAUAACAAGUUUGUUAAAGUUCUGGCCAAAAGUGCACAGCCCAAAAGAAGUCAUGUUUCUCAGUGAAUUAGAAGAAAUCCUGGAUGUAAUAGAACCAGCAGAAUUCACCAAAGUUAUGGUUCCAUUAUUUAGACAGAUCGCUAAAUGUGUUUCAUCUCCACAUUUUCAGGUUGCAGAACGAGCUCUGUACUACUGGAACAAUGAAUACAUCAUGAGUUUAAUUAGUGAUAAUGCUAGUGACAUUCUUCCAAUUAUGUUUCCAGCACUGUAUAGGAACUCGAAGUCACACUGGAACAAAACCAUCCAUGGAUUAAUCUACAAUGCCCUGAAGUUGUUUAUGGAGAUAAACCAGAAGUUGUUUGAUGAAUGUGUGCAGAACUAUAAGCAGGAGCGACAAAAUGAGAAACACAGAAACAAGGAUAGAGAAGAAGCCUGGGCAAAAAUAGAAACAUUAGCAUUAAAUAAUCCAAAGUAUAGUGAUUUGAACAAAGGAGGGACAGUCCAGCAACAAGAAGAAACGACUACAUUAACUCCAGUCGACGAAGAUGAUGUGUUACAAAUCACAAAGUUGGGUUCUCAAGCAAAUGAGGUUAAGAAAAUGGUAAGAAAAGAGAAACCUUUGUUGCGUAGGAAAUCUGAACUUCCUCAAGAUACACUAACACUAAAAGCACUUAACAACCACAAGAGACCCAAUGAAUAUCUACAACCUGCAGCAUCAGAAAGUAGCUGAACUAACUAGGAACAGACAACCUGCCUACACAUUCCUGAGAACCACUUUCUGUACUGAUCUCUCUACUUCCUUCCCUAGAACAGUGAUUAGAACAGCAAUAUUAACUUGAGAUGUUCAGAAAAUGGUGACGUUUUGUAGAGUUUUCUUCUGGAACAAUUAUUUGUGUAUAUUAAUUUUCAAGGAAACUGGAAACAUUGUUAUAAAUUAAGUAAAACUUAUUAUUCUCGUAAAAUCUUGUGUUAAUGUUACUUAUAUUAAAAAACUCGUCUAAAACUUCAGUCUGUCAGUAUAUUACAAACUUGUGUUUUCAGAACAAAUAACGGAACAUUUUGUGUGUGAAAAAAAACUGACAUUUUUAAUUAAGUUUUAAUCAGGGUUAGGAUGAAUUUCAGUGUUUUACCUUUUUAACAUGCAGAUUUCAGGAAGGUGUUGAAUGCAUGUAGUAAAUGUGAAACUGACAUGUGGAUUGCAAAUAAAAUAGAAAACUCCACACAAGAUAAGGUGAAAGGACGUAAUGUAUAGUGUAGCAAACUGCUCCUUGUUUUGUUUGUUUUUAUAAUGCCCUAUAUUAUCCAAAUGAUUGGAUUUCGCAUGUUACUUAAUACAAUAACCCAGGAAGUAUGUCUAGUGCCAUGGGACUUACAAAUUGUUUAAGUACAAAAACAUCAUUGAUAGAUGCUUACAGCUUAAGUUUUGUGCAACAGAUAAACAACAUGAGAAUGUAAAAACAGUAUUUAAACAUUGUAAUUCUUAGAUCCUGUAUUAGAUGCUAGUUUUUGUACUGUUUUGGGUAAGGAAAAAGGAUAAGAGCUAGAAUAAAUAAUAGAAUUUAAAGCACGAAUGUAAAUAGAGUACACAUAUUGACAAAGGUAAGAUGAAACAAAAGUAAGAGCUGUUUUGAAAUGUUGAAAGACAUUAAUUUGCUUUAUAAAGCAUACCAGUUUUAACUGUACUUACAUGGAGUAUUAAAAUGUGAGUUUCACAGCUGUGUUUAUGCUGAUACUGUGCUAAUGAGGUAAUAAAAAAAUAUUUAAAAGUUGU